CACACAUCUGGAGUCCAGCUGCCACCUGCCUUUUCCUACAGGCAGCAGCACCCAGGAGGCAGGAGCAUGUGGCUGUGCCCAGGUCUGCUCCUUUUCUGCCUUCAAGGUUGUCUAUCUCUAAAGGGCCCUGGCUCUGUGUCUGGCUACGUGGGAGGGUCUCUUCAUGUGCAGUGUCAAUAUGGAAAAUCACACAAGAACCAUCUUAAAUACUGGUGUCGAGGAGAGUAUGACACGAAAUGUAAAACCAUUGUGGAAACCAAAGGAGAUGGGGAAGAAAAGAAGAAUGGCCGAGUGUCCAUCAGAGACCAUCCUGAGAAUGUCACCAUGACAGUGACCAUGGAGAACCUCAGUGAAGAUGACGCUGGAUCUUAUUGGUGCAAGAUUCAAACUUUCUUCAUCUGGGAUUCAUGGUCACGUGACCCAGCCGUCCUUGUAAAGGUACAUGUUUUCCCAGCCACAACUCCCACGGAGACCACACUCCCAGCAACAACUCCCACCCUCCCACUAGUGAAUACCAGACAUCUGAGGAUUAGCACCACAGAGCUGUUCUUCCUCCAACUAUGGUCGCUGCUCAGCAGCAUCCACUUCCAGGUCCUGGUCUUCCUGAAGCUACCCCUGUUUCUGAGCAUGCUCUGUGCUGUCAUCUGGGUGAACAGGCUUCAGAAGAUCCCUGAGGGAAAUUUAGAGUGAACGGCCCAAGAGCUAUGAAGUGAAGCAUCCCAGGAAUGUUCUGGGAGGGACUCAGCCCUGCAGACUGGGUGAGAGACACACUGGACUCUGGAUUGAUUCUGCACGGAGGCAGCAGUGCCUGGAUUCUGGACUUCACUAUUCCCAUGUCUUAAGGGAGUGUCCUGAUUAUCUGAGAGCGAGUCCUAGAAAUCAGACUCCUGUGGAGUCCUCAGCAUAAACAGGGAACAGGGUUGGGACAUACUUUUAAUCCCAGUGUUGGAGAGGCAGAGGCAGGUGGCUCUCUGUGA